UGCAUUCCCGCCAAAAAAGCAUUGUAUACGGCGUGCAAUUUUUUCCAGUUUUGUUUGCAUUUGCGUUUCCUUCCGAACGGAUCUAAGUUGCUAUACCAAAUAAAACGCGAUAAACGCAACCCAACAAAAGGAACAAAGCAAAAUAAAAAUGGCCCACGACGGGGAACAAUUUAUCAAGGAUAUCCAGCGCGAGUAUGUGGACUUUCUGGAUGAUGAGGAGGAUCAGGGCAUCUAUGCGGGACACGUAAAGGAUAUGAUAGCGGAGAAAAGCAAGCGCCUAAUUGUGAAUGUCAACGAUCUAAAGCGCAAGAACCCACAGCGGGCGAUGGGACUCCUGGGAAACGCAGCGGAUGAGCAGCUGGCUUUUGGAAGGGCUCUCAAGGAAUAUGCCUCUACUGUGGAUCCCAGCUAUGCCAAAUUGCACGAGGAUCUCUUUGUGGGUUUCGAGGGCUGCUUUGGCAACCGGCAUGUAACGCCUCGCUCCCUGACAUCCGUUUAUUUGGGCAACAUGGUCUGUGUAGAAGGAAUUGUCACCAAGGUCUCCCUGAUUCGACCUAAAGUGGUUCGCAGUGUCCACUAUUGUCCGAAUACUCGUAAAGUCAUGGAGCGCAAGUACACCGAUCUGACUUCCUUCGAGGCUAUACCGUCCGGUGCUGCCUAUCCCACCAAGGAUGAAGAUGGUAAUCUACUGGAAACCGAAUACGGUUUGUCCGUCUACAAGGACCAUCAGACGAUGACCAUUCAGGAAAUGCCUGAGAAAGCUCCAGCUGGUCAACUGCCGCGUUCUGUGGACAUUGUUUGCGAUGAUGAUCUUGUGGAUCGUUGCAAACCUGGUGACCGUGUCCAAAUUGUAGGCAGCUACCGCUGUUUGCCGGGUAAACACGGUGGCUACACCUCAGGAACUUUCCGUACUGUUCUUCUGGCCAAUAAUAUAUCGCUACUGAGCAAGGAGAGUAAUUUGGACAUUUCGCGAGAAGACAUCAUGCUGUGCAAGAAGCUGGCCAAGAACAACGAUAUCUUUGAUCUGCUAAGCAAGAGCUUAGCGCCAUCUAUACAUGGACAUGCAUAUGUAAAGCAGGCUAUCCUUUGCCUGCUGCUCGGCGGCGUGGAGAAGCUCUUGCCUAAUGGAACCCGUCUUCGUGGUGAUAUUAACAUCUUGCUUAUUGGUGAUCCUUCGGUGGCCAAGUCGCAAUUGCUACGCUACGUUUUAAAUACGGCUCCACGAGCAAUUCCCACCACAGGACGUGGAUCCAGUGGCGUGGGUCUUACGGCGGCUGUUACCACAGAUCAGGAAACCGGAGAACGACGUCUGGAAGCUGGCGCCAUGGUCCUAGCCGAUCGUGGAGUCGUUUGCAUCGAUGAAUUCGACAAGAUGAGCGAUAUUGAUCGCACAGCCAUUCACGAGGUGAUGGAACAGGGUCGAGUGACCAUUUCCAAGGCCGGUAUACAUGCCUCACUCAAUGCACGUUGCUCUGUUCUGGCUGCCGCUAAUCCAGUUUACGGAAGGUAUGAUCAGUACAAAACCCCCAUGGAGAAUAUUGGGCUGCAGGAUUCAUUGCUUUCUCGUUUUGAUCUGCUCUUCGUGAUGUUGGAUGUGAUUGACAGCGAUGUUGACCAGAUGAUUUCGGAUCAUGUGGUGCGCAUGCAUCGCUAUCGUAAUCCCAAGGAGGCAGAUGGCGAGCCGUUGUCCAUGGGCAGUUCAUAUGCAGAUUCACUGUCCUUUGUUUCUAACAGUGAAGAGAAAAAGGACACCGAGGUCUAUGAAAAGUACGAUGCCCUGCUGCAUGGCAAAUCUCGUCAGCGUCACGAGAAGAUCUUAUCCGUCGAGUUUAUGCGAAAGUACAUUCACAUUGCCAAGUGCAUGAAGCCCAAGUUGGGAGAGCAAGCUUGUGAGGCGAUUGCCAACGAAUAUUCUCGUCUACGUUCCCAGGAAGCGGUCGAAACUGAUGUGGCCCGUACUCAGCCGAUUACGGCUCGUACAUUGGAGACUCUGAUCCGUUUGUCCACGGCUCAUGCCAGGGCACGCAUGUCCAAAUCGGUGACCAUUGAUGACGCCCAUGCAGCCAUUGAAUUGGUGCAGUUUGCUUACUUCAAGAAGGUGUUGGAGAAGGAUCGUGGCAGCAAGCGUCGCCGAAACAGUGGAUCCGAUGAGGAUGAAAAUGGUGAGGCAACCAGUCAGCGAUCUCCAUCGCGCCGCUCCAAACGCACACGUACUGCACCUGUUGGAGGGGAUAGUGAUGAAGAGGAUGUUGAGACACCUGAGCCGGAUGCUGGAGAUUUGACACGUCGUGAAACCCGUCGUUCGCUGCCCGCUCGUUCUGCUGCCUCCCAGGUGGCGACUUCCAGCGAGGAGCAAUCGAUGACUGACACACCGUCGACGGAACCAGCAUCCAUCAGCGAUUCUCGGUUAGGCGAGUUCAAAAAUAAUUUGCAGCGCUUAUUCCGCGAGGCACGCGAACAGAGCUUGCCGCUGGCCAGGAUCACCACGGCCAUUAACGAUGCCAAUCAGGAGCCAUUCACCGGUGGUGAAAUAGAGGCCGCUGUCCAUCGCAUGACCGAGGACAACCAGAUUAUGGUGGCCGACGAUAUUGUCUUUCUUAUCUAAUCUCGCAUUCCAUCAACAAAUUGUUUCCCAUGUUCAUCAAACUUUUACAUCUUUUUAUCUACUAUUACCUUCGUGUAUCGGUUAAGUUGUAUUUUUUGUUUAUAUUUAUACAAUAAACAUUUUUUGGAACACUUAUUGCAA